UGCCUGGGCGCCGCCAUUUUAGAUUACGGAAGAACCUCCGCCUUCCCUAGCGCGAGGUUCCCUCACUGGGCGCCGCCAUUUUGGGUUACGAACGAGACGGCGACCUGCAGAGGUCCUCACACCCCCCUCCUUCUCCCUCCCUUUAGGUGUCUUCAUAAAAUGCCCGUGGAGAAUCCCCUCUUUUUUCGGCCCGCUCCCAAGAUGGCGUCGAUGCGGGAGAGCGACACUGGCCUGUGGCUGCACAACAAGCUGGGCUCCACGGACGAGCUGUGGGCGCCGCCGAGCAUCGCCUCGCUGCUCACGGCCUCGGUCAUCGACAACAUCCGCCUCUGCUUCCACGGCCUCUCCUCGGCCGUUAAGCUCAAGCUGCUCCUGGGGAUGCUGCACCUGCCCCGCCGGGCUGUAGACGAGAUGAAAGGGGCACUGACUGAAAUUAUCCAGCUCGCUACCUUGGAUUCAGACCCCUGGGUCUUAAUGGUAGCUGAUAUUUUAAAAUCCUUUCCAGAUACUGGCUCCCUUAACCUUGAUCUUGAAGAACAGAAUCCCAAUGUUCAAGAUAUUUUAGGAGAGCUUAGAGAAAAAGUAAGUGAAUGUGAAACAUCAGCUAUGUUGCCGUUGGAAUGCCAGUACUUAAAUAAAAAUGCCUUGACAACACUAGCUGGGCCACUUACACCCCCAGUGAAACACUUCCAGCUGAAAAGGAAACCUAAAAGUGCUACUCUCCGAGCUGAGCUCUUACAAAAGUCAACAGAAACUGCCCAGCAGCUCAAGAAGACUGCAGGAGUGCCUUUUCAUGCCAAAGGGAGGGGACUGGUCAAAAAAAUAGAUACAACAACACCACUCAAAGGAAUACCAAAACAAGCUCCAUUUAGAAGUACUUCAGCACCUAGUGUAUUUAAUCCUUCUGGAAACAGAACUCCUAUUCCUCCUUCAAGAACACCCCUGCGGAAAGAAAGAGGAGUAAAGCUCCUAGAUAUCUCUGAGCUGGACAUGGUAGGUGCUGGCCGUGAAGCUAAAAGAAGAAGAAAGACAUUAGAUACAGAGGUUGUGGAAAAGCAAGCCAAAGAAGAAACAGUAGUAGAAAAUGCUACUCCAGAUUAUGCUGCUGGCCUUGUGUCUACACAGAAACUUGGCUCUUUGAACAAUGAACCUGCACUGCCUUCUACAAGUUAUUUACCUGCUACCCCCAGUGUGGUGCCAUCUUCCUCAUAUAUUCCAAGCUCUGAAACACAGCCAGCAGGCUCUGCACGAGAGGCCUUGCAAACUAACAGACAGACUGAAGAGCCUGCAGCUCCAAACGCUACCACGACUCUCCCUGCACAGUUCAAGCAAAGAACGCCCAUGUACAACAGUAACUCUAACCCUCCUGCAGCUACACCUACCUCACCCCUAACACCUACCACCCCUCCUGCCAUUUCCCCUGCAGCACAAGCACCGCAAGUGGCUCCCCAAACUCAGCAACAGCCACCCCCCAAAAAAAGCCUUUCUCUCACGAGGGAGCAAAUGUAUGCUGCACAGGAAAUGUUCAAGACUGCAAACAAAGUUACAAGGCCAGAAAAGGCUCUUAUACUUGGAUUCAUGGCAGGAUCCAGAGAGAAUCCUUGCCAAGAGCAAGGUGACAUCAUCCAGAUUAAACUUAGCGAGCAUACAGAAGACUUACCAAAGGCAGAUGGCACUGGCAGCACCACUAUGUUGGUUGAUACAGUCUUUGAAAUGAACUAUGCUACCGGUGAAUGGACCAGAUUCAAGAAGUACAAACCUAUAACUAAUGUUUCGUAAGACAGGCAGCAACAGUAGACUGGACCAAAUCAAGCUUAGAGUCAACCAGCUCAUAGAGUAUGUCAACUGUACAAAAUGGCAUUCGUGUGUACGUUUCUUAUUACCCUCCAGAGUAGAAGUUGUGGCUCUUCAACAUAACUGGGCUCAGUGAACACAGAAGAAGUUUGAGAUGCCAGAAAUGGAGAUCACAGCUGCAAGAUUACAUAUGGGAGCAGUUUACUUCCAAGUACCUGAGGAAAAGACUGCUGCGCACUCAUUCACAGUUUACCAUUAAAUAAGGGCACAGAUCUUUAUUGUAAAAAUGUUUUCCUUGGCUACAUGGGUUCUAUUGUAAGAA